CCUGGGAGAAGUUCCGCUGUGGAAGCAAAGUCCAGGCUGCCCGCCGCAGCCGUGGCCGGGCGCUCGCUGGGCGAUGGCAGGCGGGCACUGGGCAGGAGCGGGCAGGGCCUGCGCUGCCCGCUGGCUGCGGGGCUGGCUCCUUGCCCCAGCGCCGCCGGGAGCGCGGCGGGCCCAUGCUGGGGCUGCAGAGCGGCUGCAGAGGGAGUACGACGUGGUGGUGAUCGGGGCAGGGCACAAUGGGCUGGUGGCAGCUGCCUACCUGCAGCGGGCAGGGCUGCGCACGGCUGUGCUGGAGAAACGCCAUGUGCUGGGCGGUGCGGCUGUCACAGAGGAGAUUGUGCCAGGCUUCAAGUUCUCCCGGGCAUCGUACCUGCUCAGCCUGCUGCGGCCACAGAUCUACACCGAGCUGGAGCUGCAGCGGCAUGGUCUGAGGGUGCUCCCACGGGACCCCUACUCCUUCACCCCGCUGCUGGAGGAUGGGAGCCCCCCUCGUUCCCUCCUGCUGGGAAACAACAGGGCCCAGACCCAGCAGCAGAUCGCUCAGUUCUCCCAGAAGGAUGCCCAGGCUUAUCCUGAAUAUGAGGCGUUCAUGGAGAGUUUAGUGUCAGCCCUUGACCCGCUGCUGGAUGCUGCCCCAGUGGAUACAGCUGCCUUGGGGCAGGGUUCCCUGCUCCAGCGGCUUAGUGCUCUGCGAUCCCUGUGGCCCCUGCUGAGGGCAGGGCUGGCACUGGGGCGGCAGCUGCCCCGCUAUUACGAGGUACUCACAGCUCCUAUCUCCAAGAUCCUGGAUCAGUGGUUUGAGUCGGAGCCCUUGAAGGCAACUCUGGCUACUGAUGCGGUGAUUGGAGCCAUGGCUAGCCCCCACACCCCAGGCAGUGGGUACGUGCUCUUGCACCAUGUGAUGGGCGAGCUGGAGGGACGGCGGGGGGCCUGGGGCUACGUGUCCGGUGGGAUGGGAGCCCUGUCCCACGCCAUUGCCCAUGCAGCAGCUGCCAGGGGAGCCCACAUUUUUGCUGAGAAGGCCGUGUCCCAUGUGCUGCUGGGCAGGGACGGGCAGGCGCAGGGUGUUGUGCUGCAGGAUGGGACGGAGGUGAGGAGCAAACUGGUGCUGUCCAAUGCCUCCCCUCAAAUCACCUUCCUGGAGCUCAUCCCCCAGGAGCAGCUGCCCAAGGAUUUUGUCCAGCGGAUCCAGCAGGUUGACACGCGCUCCCCGGUCACCAAGAUCAAUGUGGCGGUGGAUCGGCUGCCCAGCUUCCUGGCUGCCCCCAAUGCCCGUGACGGCCAGCCCCUGCCCCACCACCAGUGCUCCAUCCAUCUCAACUGUGAAGGCACCCACCUCCUGCACCAGGCCUUCACUGAGGCCACCCAUGGGCACCCCUCCAGCAGGCCCAUGAUCGAGCUCUGCAUCCCCUCAGCGCUGGAUUCAGGGCUGGCCCCACAGGGCUGCCAUGUUGUGUCCCUCUUCACCCAGUACACCCCCUUUGUGCUGGCAGGUGGGCAGCACUGGGAUGAGCAGGCCAAAAAUGCAUAUGCGGACACAGUGUUUGACUGCAUCGAAGCCUAUGCCCCAGGGUUCAAGGCAUCAGUCAUUGGCAGAGACAUCUUGACACCACCUGACCUGGAGAGGAUCUUUGGGCUGCCUGGGGGGAACAUCUUCCAUGGAGGGAUGUCUCUGGACCAGCUGUACUUUGCCCGGCCAGCACCAUCCUACUCAGGCUACCGGUCUCCAGUUCCCGGCUUGUAUCUGUGUGGAAGUGGAGCCCAUCCUGGAGGAGGAGUGAUGGGAGCUGCAGGACGCAAUGCUGCCCAUGUGGCACUCCAGGACUUUAAGCACCUGUGAUGGCAGUGAUGACACCAGCUUCACCUAUACAGGGCUGUGGCUGCAGUGAGCCAUGUUGAUCCCAUGAGGGGCCCUGCCCAUCCCCAACUUGCUUCCCAGGCACCACAGGGCAGUUAGCAGCCUCUGAGAGGUUUGUGGAAGUGAAGGUUGGCAGGUCCCAUGUGCUCCUAGAUGCUGUCAGCAUCUUGAACACAUAGCUACUCCCAGCACUCCUCAGUCCAGCCUUGCCUGGGUCACUCCUGGUCACUGGCUGGCCAUGGCAAGCAUCACUCAGCCGCUGCCUAUAGCUGUGGAAAUAAACCCUGUCUCAGGCUCUGUCCUGA